AUGGGAUCAUUGACACACCGCGCCCGUUUGUACACUACCUACCGCUCAUGGGCAACCCAAUCCGAUACAUCUUCCCGGCCAGAAUCCAUACCCACCUCCCCAUCAACGGUCGCCUUGCAAGAGCCAAACUCAUCGUCCUCCGCCACCGAACAAGCCGCCGAACACCUCAGAACCACAGAACAUAUCCGGACCCAACUGGAAGAAGUCCGGCGUUUGCGAAGACUCCACAAUCAGAUCUUGAGCACCAACGAGGCGGACAAGAUCGACCGCACGAUGACGGACACUGCAGAGGCAAUCCACGACGUGGCCGUGCUGCUGGAGCGGACGCGCGUCGAGCAGGAGGUGCGCGGGGGCAAACUAAGUCUAGCGAGCCAGCUGCGGUGGAAGUAUCGAGAUAGUCAGCAAGUGAUUCGCAAGUCACAUUUGUUACUGCGGUGCUAUCAUGACUUGAUCUUGGUGUUGGGUGAUUUGCAGCGGCUGGAUGUAUCGCAGCUGCCGCCGCCGCCGAGGAGAUUUGAGCUGGAGGCUGGGGUUCCGCCGAGGGCUUCACCAGAGACUAGGGUAGAUAGUAUCCUUCUUGACGGGCCUGGUCGGGGGAGUAUUGUCGCUCUGCCGGGUCGAGGGGAAAAGGAGUUCCUUGUUGAAAGGCCACAUGAGACGAUCGUGAGGUUGGGUGCCGAGACCCCGGGCUCAGCUAUCAGAACGCCCAAGGAAAAAAGUCCCGUCACUGCUGGUGUUGUGAAUGGCGAGGUGGAAGAUUUACUGGCGUGGCGGCGGUCGCGAAAACUGGAUAUCGAAACCAAAGAGUCUUUCAUUCACAUGUCCCCUACACCCACAGCGAAAGGGGAAUCUUAA